AUGGUGAAGUUCUCGCGGGAGUACGAGGCCAGCAUCAUCCCCGAGUGGAAGGCCGCCUUCGUCGACUACAAGGGCCUCAAGAAGCUCGUCAAGAGGAUCAAGAUCGCCCGCCGCGACGCCGCGCCGCUGCUGCUCGCCGGGAGGGAAGCCGCCGGCGCCGGUGGUGGCGGUAGAAGUAGCGACGGCGGCGGCAGCAACGCCAGCAGCGGUAGCUACGGCUUCUCCGUCCUCAACCCCGUCCGCGCCCUCGCCGCCCACUUCGCUGCGACGCCGGCCUCACCAGAGGGCGGCGACGGCAACGACGACGACUCGGAGGGCUUCGAAUCGGAUUCAGGGGAGCUCAUGCGAGCCACGGACAAGCAUGAGCAAGAGUUUCUGGAGAAGGCGGACGAGGAGCUGGAGAAGGUGAACAAGUUCUACGCGGCGAAGGAGGCGGACAUGCUGGCGCGCGGCGACGCCCUUAUCGAGCAGCUCCGCAUCCUGGCCGACGUCAAGCGCAUCCUCGCCGACCACGCCGCGGCGUCCCGGCGCGGGCGGGCGCGGCUCGCCCGGACGGCCUCGUCGCCGCCGUCCGUGAACGGGUCCAACAGCGGCCGCCACCUCCUCUCCUCCCCCUUCGUGGCCUCGCCGCAGUCCAUGUCAGACGGGAGCGUGGAGCUGCAGCAGGCGCGCGUGGCGGAGGGCGCGGCGGUGGCGGAGGAGGUGAUGGCGGCGCUGGAGGGCAACGGCGUCAGCUUCGUGGGCGGCGGGCUGGGCAAGGCCAAGAAGGACGGCAGCGGGAAGCAGCUCAUGGGCCGCGCCGCGCUGCUGCAGCUGCCAGCCACGGUGCGCAUCGACAUCCCGCCCACCAGCCCUGGCCCGGCGGCGCUCAAGGUGUGGGAGGAGCUUGUCAACGUGCUCCGCAAGGAUGGCGCCGACCCCGCCGCCGCCUUCGUCCACCGCAAGAAGGUCCAGCACGCCGAGAAGAACAUCCGCGACGCCUUCCUCGCCCUCUACCGCGGCCUCGAACUCCUCAAGAAGUUCAGCUCCCUCAAUGUGAAGGCUUUCACCAAAAUAUUGAAGAAAUUCGUCAAGGUGUCGGAGCAGCAGCGGAAAACUGACCUGUUUUCUGAGAAGGUGAAGAGGUCGCCAUUCAGCAGCUCUGACAAGGUGCUUCAGCUGGCAGACGAGGUGGAGUCCAUCUUCUUGAGGCAUUUCGCAAACAACGACAGGAAGGUGGCCAUGAAGUACCUCAAGCCGCAGCAGCCCAGGAACACCCACAUGAUCACCUUCCUCGUAGGCCUGUUCACAGGCACAUUUGUGUCCUUAUUCAUCAUAUAUUCAGUUCUAGCCCAUGUCGCUGGCAUUUUCUCUUCUACCGGAAACACAGCCUACAUGGAGAUUGUUUACCAUGUCUUCAGUAUGUUUGCACUCAUCAGCCUGCACGUCUUCCUGUAUGGGUGCAACCUCUUCAUGUGGAAGAGCACCAGGAUCAACCACAACUUCAUAUUCGAUUUCUCCUCCAGCACCGCCCUGACGCACCGGGACGCCUUCCUCAUGUCGGCAUCCAUCAUGUGCACCAUCGUCGCAGCGCUGGUCAUCAACCUGUUCCUCAGGAACGCUGGGGCAACCUACGCCAACGCACUGCCCGGGGCACUUCUGCUUCUGUCAGCAGGGGUUCUGUUCUGCCCAUUCAAUAUUUUCUAUCGCUCGACGCGCUACUGUUUCAUGCGCGUCAUGCGCAACAUCAUACUCUCUCCAUUCUACAAGGUUCUGAUGGCAGAUUUCUUCAUGGCUGACCAGCUAACCAGCCAGAUCCCACUGUUAAGACACCUCGAGUUCACAGGGUGCUACUUCAUGGCUGGAACUUUUAGAACUCACGCGUAUGGAAGCUGUACCAGCAGCUCUCAAUACAAAAACCUGGCAUAUGUGCUUUCCUUCCUGCCAUACUACUGGAGAGCGAUGCAGUGUUUGAGAAGGUACCUGGAAGAAGGUCAUGAUCUCAACCAGCUUGCUAAUGCGGGCAAGUACGUAUCAGCAAUGGUAGCAGCUGCUGUUAGGUUCAAGUAUGCUGCGACACCGACACCAUUCUGGAUGUGGAUGGUCAUAAUAUCAUCUACAGGUGCCACCAUUUACCAGAUCUACUGGGAUUUUGUCAUGGACUGGGGCUUCUUAGACCCAAAAUCUAAGAACUUUUGGCUCCGAGAUCAACUCAUCCUGAAGAAUAAGUCAGUCUACUAUGCUUCCAUGAUGCUCAACCUUGUGCUGCGCCUAGCCUGGGCAGAGAGUGUAAUGAAGCUCCAUCUUGGUAUGGUGGAGUCUCGCUUGCUGGAUUUCUCAAUCGCUUCACUGGAAAUUAUCCGACGAGGGCAUUGGAACUUCUACAGGCUGGAGAAUGAACACUUAACCAACGCAGGAAAGUUUAGAGCAGUGAAGACUGUCCCAUUACCAUUCCGUGAACUUGAAACUGAUUGA